CCUCAGUGUGGAAAGAGUUUUGCACUUAACCGAGAUCUACUGAGGCACCUGAGAAUUCAUACCGGAGAGAAGCCAUUUACAUGCACUCAGUGUGGAAAGAGGUUCACACAAGAAGGAAACCUUAACCGUCACAUGAAAAAUCACACUGGAGAGAAACCUUUCAUAUGCAUUCAGUGUGGAAAGAGUUUUGCAGUGACAGGAGAGCUACAGAAGCACCUCAGAAUUCACACCGGAGAGAAGCCUUUUACAUGCACUCGGUGUGGAAAGAGUUUCACACAAGAAGGAAACCUUAUCCGUCACAUGAGAAAUCACACUGAAGAGAAGCCUUUUACAUGCCAUCAUUGUGGAAAGAAUUUUAAACAAGAAGGAAACCUUAAGCUUCACAUGAGAAAUCACACUGGAGAGAAGCCUUUCACAUGCCAUCAGUGUGGAAAGAGUUUUGCAGUUAAAGGAGAUCUACACAAGCACCUGAGAAUUCACAUCGGAGAGAAGCCUUUCAUAUGCAUUCAGUGUGGGAAAUGUUUCACACAAGAAGGAAACCUUAACCGUCACUUAAGAAUUCACACUGGAGAGAAGCCUUUUACAUGCCACCAGUGUGGAAAAGGUUUCAAACAAGAAGGAAACCUCAAAGAUCAUCUAAGAAUUCACACUGGAGAGAAGCCUUUUACAUGCACUCAGUGUGGAAAGAAUUUCACACAAAAAGGAAUCCUUAACCGUCACAUGAGAAAUCACACUGGAGAGAAGUCUUUCAAAUGCCAUCAGUGUGGAAAGAGUUUUGCAGUGAAAGGAGAGUUACAGAAGCACCUCAGAAUUCACACCGGAGAGAAGCCUUUUACAUGCACUCAGUGUGGAAAGAGUUUCACACAAGAAAGAAACCUUAACCGUCACAUGAGAAAUCACACGGGAGAUAUGACUUUCACAAUCCCAUCAGUGUGGAAUGAGUUUCAAACAAGAAGGAAACCUUAACUUUCACAUGAGAAAUCACAGGAGAGAAGCCUUUCAGUGUGGAAAGAGUUAUACACAACCAAGUCAUCUUACAAUUUAUCUGCACGGUCGCUCCGGAUUAAAGCAAUUCAUGUGCAGCAAACAAAUACAUUGAAAUCACACCUAAAGAUGCACCUGAAAACUCAUGUAAAUAAAAAGCCUUACCUAUGUUCUUUUGUGAAAUUAUUUUUUCACAGCUGAACAAUGAUAAUAAUCACCAUAUAACACAUACCCCUUUGUGAAAGCUCUUGUAUGCUCAGGGUGUGGUAAAGCCUUUAUCAGAGAUCAUAAAUUGAAAGUCCACCAAAGAAUCCAUACUUUAGAAAAACCCUAAAAGUGUUCAAAUUGUGGAAAGAGUUUCAUUAUUUCAGACAACCUGAGAACCCAUGAGAGAGUGCACUUCAUGUGGGUAGAAUUUUAGCCAAUCAGGUCAUCUUCAGAGGCAUUUAAAUAAGUGUUGUCCAAAAUUGUUAAAGUGAGCAAAGUUAAUUUUCACUUUUUCAGUUUUCCUUUCAAGUAAACUGUUUAAAAUUCUGUUAAACUGUCACGAACCCCUUUCCUCUGCCCCAUCUCAGCUUCCUCACACACGCACACUAUCUCCCUUCUCGCACACAGGCACUCCAUGAGCGUGCUCGCUUCCCGCUCCCUCGCUCCGCCCCCCUGAGCGCGUACGCUCUUUUUCCUCCAUCGGGCUUCCACGCCCGGUUUUGCUUUUACGAGCUCUCGCUCGUAAACGAUCUCCCCCCUCUGGCACACUCGGCUCUUCAGCCUGAACAUUAUGACCACCUACACUCACGCCGCAUCCUAUCCCCACACAUUAGAUUCACCUGCACUCGUCUCGUCACCUUCAUUGUUCACACCUGCACCUUCCCCAGCACUUCCGUUUCACGGGUGUUGGUUAUUGUAUGUAUUUAGAUUCCCGUGUUUAUGCCCCCGCUAGUCUCGUCUAGUUUUGCCCCUGCUAGUCUCGUCUAGUUUUGACCUCCCCACUGUUUGAUUACCUGUUUAGCUUGCCAACUCUCUCGUUCCUCUGUCUUUGUUCCCGCUAGUCUCGUCUUGUCCUUCGCCCUAGUUGUUAACUGUUUUCCCCGCUUAUCGUUCACCUCCCUCAUUAGAUCUGCCCCCUUGUUUAUAUCGUUG